UAUUUCGGGGGUGAAAAGGUAAAAACACCAAUCAGUGUUGCAGGCUUAUCUGACCGGGGUUAUUAGAGAGGUCAUAGGAGGCGUGAGACCUGAAGAGUGGGUUUUUGGGCUUUUUAUUAUUAUGAGAAAUUUCUGCCACUGACCGCCCUCUUUCCACCUGUGGCCUUGCAGGUGGCAUCAGCCCCCUGAGAUGAGGAGAAGUGAAGGACUGGGAUGAGUGAUGUCAGUGGAGAACCUGGAGGGGGAUACGAGACCGGAGAGGGGGGGGACAAAAGGCCAGGCCGGCCGUGCCUCUGCUGCGGUGAGCAGGGAGACGGGGAUGUUCAGUGGGCAUCCAGUGAAAACGUUAGGUAUCUGUGGUGCCACCGGUGGUGCUGGACCUCCCCAGCCUCCUCCUCCUUCAUCUUCAUCAUCGUCAUCAUCAUUCUCCUCAUUCCACCAAACACCUCCGUCGUUCAGCCAGCUUGUCCAGCAGCUCCACUUCCAACUGCAAACACACCACAACACAAACAACAACAACACCAUCAGCACCAUCAGCAGCAGCGUCCAGCAGCAUGGAUGCACAGCAAACAUCCUGCAGGAGGGGAGCAGCCGAGCACAGGAGCUGAAUCAAAGGGAGGAGGAGGAGGAGCGGAUGGAUGCCAGGCUGGGAUCAGCCACCAGCAGCACCGACAACAACCCUCCUCCGACUGGGACCAGCUCCGAGUUUAAUCAUUAUUAUGGGAAUGGAAGAGGAGGGCCUAGCUUCGAUCAACAUGGCGGACAACAAAGCCCAGGGACUGGGGUAAGAGCGGCGCGCUCCGUACUCAGCACCAUGGAUCAGGUCCACAACUCCCACGAAGGCUACAGCAACAACAGCCCCUACAACCACUACCCGAACUACCGGCCCGGGUACGGGAACAGUGGAUACGGUGGCAUGAUGAGCCCGUCACGCCAGGGGAACAACCUGCUGGGCCCCGGCAGUGGCGGCGCAGGCUCGACCGCUGCUAAUCACAGCAAGGCGGUGAUGACUGCUAGCAGCUCCCCGGCUGGAGGCGGAGGCGGCGGCGGCGGCGGGUUUCAGCGGUUUCCCGGACAGGGUCAGCAGCAGCAGCAGCCACAACAGCAGCACCCGUCAGGGGCUACACCAACUUUGAACCAGUUAUUAACUUCUCCGAGUCCGAUGAUGCGGGGUUAUGGAGGUGGAUAUCCAGAUUAUAAUAAUCCCGCACAGCAACAGCCGAGCAUGGGGCUGGCUAAAGACAUGGGCUCCCAGUACGGCUCCGGGGCUCACGGCUGGGGAGGACAGCAGAGAAAUCACCCGACCAUGAGCCCAGGGAAUCCCGGGCAGGGUGGCGGCAGGGCUCAGGUGUCGCCCAUGGACCCGAUGGCGAUGAAGCGUUCUCAACUAUACGGGAUGAGCAACAACCCGUACUCCCAGCAACAGGGGGCGCCGUACCCUGGACAGCCCUACGGCUCCCCUACCCCCCACAGAUACCCAAUGGGGAUGUCCAGCAGGGGGCAGGUGGGAAUGGGAGGGAUGCAGUAUCCUCAGCAGCAGGAUGCUUGGUUGACCUACGGCGCUGAAAGGAUCCUGAGCUGCACACUGUGGGAGAAUUUGAUGACUAAUGAGAACAUCUCCUGUGAGUUUGCCGUCCCUGCUCCUGCUCUGCUGGUCUUCAGCAGCCUCUGA